CGCUGGAAGGUCAUCUCUCCUGCCGUCGCAUGCGGUUCCGUGCGCUGCGUACACUCAGUUUAAUGAUUAUUCAUUCUCGUAAUCGCAACACCGAACAAACCAGCUGAUAAACGACGCAGACAGAUAGCGCAACAAUUUGUUAAACAAAAUAGUGCUAAAAACAAAACACGCACGGACUUAAGUGCAGCAACGGAAACAAAAGAAUGGAUAGUGAUCUCAGGACGGACGCCUGCCCAAGCCCACCUCGUGACGACCCGGACGCAAUCCUGCGGGACAAACCUGGCAACAAAAAGACAGAUAAUACAGAGUACGAAAAUAUAGACGAGGGAAAAACCCACAACGUGCCGAAAUUCCCAUUCGCGGGGAAACACAAAUCUAACUUUAGGAAAGCAACAAAAACAAAAUGUGAUAAAGUCAUUUACAUUAACAACUCUGCGGAUGUUCACAUUGGACCAUCAAUGACUUACACAGUGAACGUCGGUAGUCCCCAACCGAAGGAAACACCAAUCAUAUACCAUCAAACACAAAAAAUAAAAAGAUUACUCGCGUCUACCGAUGCAGUAAACCGGGAACAUUUAAUAUUCCUCUCCGGUCACAUUUCAGCAACAAGUUGGAAGUUUGUCGCGCGUAAACUAGGAUUCUCCGAUGGUCGUAUUCAACACUUCUAUGCUGAUCAUCACGCGACAGGUAUGAAGGAAGUGAUCUAUCAGUGCCUUUUAGAAUGGAUCCAAAGCAAACCGGAUGAUGCAACCAUCGGCAGGAUAACCGAUGUGUUGUGGAGCUGUGAGGAGCGCGAAGCUGUUGAUUUAUUCUCACAUUUUAUGUACUCCGACGAAUAGCAAAUGGCCGCUGAACGUGGAUGCCAUCUUGAUUUUAGUCUCUACCUCUAAACUCAAUAUUUAUUCAAAUAUUAUCGAUAACAAAUGACUAAAAUCAUAAAUCUUAAGUUACGGUUAAAACGUAUGUUAUGGGUGUUUGCUUGACCUACCAUUUUGUUAUCACAAGUGAUUAAUGUAAGUGUUUGACCAUCGUUUACAAAGUUACACACUAUGAGGGGGAUGGAUGAAGCGAUGAACAACAAAUAGAAAUGUACUCGUAUGAAUAUAAUUAUAUGCAGUUA